AUGGAGGUAUCCAAAGUAACUUAUUUAUUCCUUAUAUUCACAUUAUGUAUCCAAGUAGUACAUCCAAUAAUAUGGAAUCCUAUUUGUUGGUUUGGAGAGUGUUGUAAUAAAAAUGAUAUAGUAGAUGAUAUACAAAGAUUAAGGGCUACAUUUAAAAGAAAAGUAUAUGGACAACAUUUAGCCGAAUCUGCUAUAGAUGCUAUUCAAAGUCAUUUAUAUUUUAAACCAGAUAAACCUUUAACCAUAAGUUUUCAUGGUUGGGCUGGAAGUGGGAAAAAUUAUGUUUCUUCAUUCAUUGCAGAGAGUUUGUACAAGCAUGGCAUUAAAAGCAGAUUUGUUCAUACUUUCAUUGGAAGACUACACUUUCCAGAAACUUCAAGAGUAGAUGAAUAUAAAGAAAAUCUGUUAAACCCAUUAAUUGUAAAUGUCACUAUAGGUGUACAGAAAAAAUUAGCAAGGAAAAGAGGCAAAAAUUAUUUGAUGAUUUUCACUCCAUUCAAGAUGAUAGAGGAAGAUGGAGUUUUAUCAGUAGUAGAAUUACGUAAAAAAUACCUAAUCACUGAUAUUUUAAGGUUGGAUGACGAGAACAUCCAAGUUUAUAAAAAAAUUUUUCUUGGUACAUUUGAUAUAUCUGGAAAAAAAUUUGAAAUGGCUUUAAAAAAGUCAAAGUCGUUAGGUAUCAUAGAGGAGGACAAGAGAGGUCGAAAAGUUCCCCCCAAUAAAAUCCCAGAUAAUCAAAAGGAGAGGGAUUUAUACCAUUGGAUAAAGGGAAAUGUGUCAUCUUGUAAUAGACAGCUAUUUAUUUUUGAUGAGGUUGAUAAGAUGCCCACAGAUCUACUAAAUGCUAUCAAACCAAUACUAGAUCAUAAAGGACUUGUUGAAGGAGUAGAUUAUACUCAAACAAUAUUCAUAUUCUUGUCAAAUACCGGUUCCAAUAUAAUAAAUCAGCACUAUUUACAUUUGUGGAACUCAGGUAAACAGCGAGAAAACAUGAAACUAUCCGACUUUGAGACUUUAGUUAUGAAAGGAGCAUUUAAUGAGAAAGGCGGCUUUCAAUUUUCGGACGUCGUAAAAAGUAAUUUAAUCGAUCAUUACAUACCAUUUUUACCUAUGCAAGAAGCGCAUGUUACAGAAUGUAUCAAAGAUCAAUAUAGAGAACGAGGCAUUCAAAAUCCCACUGAAGAGGAUAUAAAGUAA